UUGCAGCGCAACAUGCGCGCUCGUGGGACACGGGGACACCAUAGGCAUCAGCAUCUGCAAGCCUGGCAUCCAACAGGUGCCACAAGGCAGCGUGCCCAGACGAUCUCCACGUGCAAAUCGUUUCGAGUUUUGCGUAGGACACAAUCGCAUCCAGAGUUGGUUCAUCGACAUUCAGCCGAUGCACCCAGAGCGGCAUUCCGCCUGCUGCUCGAAGUUCUACACUGGUGACACUCCAGACAUCAUUGCGUGCGUGAUCUUCCAGAAUAUAAUGCUUGGAUCCGCGGUUGCCGUCGUGGGCGAUGAUUACGACGACGUGGGCGCCAUCGCACCGGCCCAGGGCCAGUCAGAGGACGAUCAGCUACAAUCGGCCGAGGACCAGGUCGAUGUUGACAUCGGCGACGAGCUCAGGAUCCUGGAGGCCAUUGCGGCGGACACGUACGACGACCUCGCGGCCCUUCAGAGGAUCGCAUAA